AUGUCUUCCUUUUAUUUCUUCCUCAUCUGCUUCAGCCUUUCACACUUCUCUCCCUGUCCUUUUCAUUUAUUUUACCCAUCCCUCAUUUAUUUGUCUUUCUUUAUGUUUUUAAUUUCUCUCAUUCAUCCACUUUCAUUUUUCUUUUCUUUUCUACUAUUUUUUUGUGUUUUCUCACAUUUCUUUAUCUUCUUUCUCCCAAAUAGAUUUUAUUUUGUAUCUUUAAUUUUUUUUAUUGUCAUUGGUAUUUCCUCUUCUUAUUUUCUUUUUUUUGGGGGUCAUUUCUUGAAUGUUUAUUUUCCCCUUACAUUGUUAAUUUCUUUUUUUAUUAUCUUUCAUAUCUCUUUUUUUUUUUUUUUUAGUUCUUUUUUUCUUUUCUCUUUUCAUUCUUAUUUUGCUUCUUCUCAUUACUCUACUUUUGCUAUUUCAUCCUGCUUUCAUUUGGGUUAUAUUAUACAUGCAUAUCUUUACAUGAGGGUUAAGUUCAUAAUCAUCUUUAUGGAAUCAUUUGAACAAUAA